AUGACAGCUUUGCCUAGCUUCCCGACGUUCAACUUAGAAGAACCACACCUUAAAAAGCUUAGGGAAAAUAACGUAUCAAGAUUGGAGAAUUUGUUGUUGGUAAUGAACAUUACAAACGCCGCAAGAAAGAAGGCGAUGCUCCUGCACUAUGUCAGUAAAGAAGUUAAUGUGAUAUUCGAAACUUUAGAAAUUGACGAGCCAGAUAGAGAAGAAGAUGUAUUUAGAAAAGCGGAGAAAGCGUUACGAAAUUACUUCACUCCACAGAAGAAUAUAGAAUUCGAAGUUUAUAAGUUUCGUCAAGCGAAACAACUCCCAGGAGAAAACAUAUCCGCGUACUAUACGAGAUUGAAACAAUUGGCUAAAUCCUGCGAAUUUCAUGAAGAAAGAAGAGAGAUAAAAACUCAGAUCAUACAAAAUGGUUUGUCUUCAAAAUUGCGAAGAAAAGCGUUAGCAGACCCCGAAAUAACGAUGGAGAAAUUACUACAAAUGGGAAAAACAAUGGAGAUGUCAAAAACACGAGCAGAAGGCAUCGAAAGCACGAAUCGAAUUUGGCAUAAAAGAAAGCAGUUCAAGACGCCCACGGAAAAAACCUCAAAUGCUUUCGAAUAUUCAUCGAAGCUCAAAUGCAAAUUUUGUGCUCGUGAACAUCGUCCAGGGAAAACAAAUUGCCCGGUUUAUGGAAAGAAAUGUCGACAGUGUUUAAAGUGGAACCAUUUUCAAGUUUGUUGCCAUGAGAAUCGAAGAGGCCAAGAGCGGAUGCAAGACAAUAAUCAAAUUUCUCGCGCUGAAUCAACAAAGCGAAACGCACAGAUAAUACGUAAUCAAGUAAGACCUUGA